AUGACAUCCUCUAGGCCAGCGAGCCUGGCCUUGUAUCAAAUAUCAUCCUCAACAUACAUUUCACCCCCCUCAUUGCAGGAUAUCCUCUCCAACACGGCGCCGCCGCCGUGGUCGCUCGCCGCCUUCAUGGCCUUCCUGUCCCAGAACCACUGCCUGGAGACGCUGGAAUUUACCAUGGACGCAGAACGCUAUAGGGCCGCUCACAGCGAGAUUCUGACCGGGGAUCCUGCCAAGAUGCGAGAUGGGAACGACCACGUCUGCACACUGUGGCAGAAGCUGAUGAACGCGUACAUAUUACCCUGCGGACCCCGAGAGCUGAAUAUCCCCUCGCCGGUGCGAGAUCGGUUGUUAGGGCUUCCUGCCACGUCGACGCCGCCAGAUCCCUCGGAACUGGACGACGCGGUCCGGAUUGUCUACGAGUUGAUGAACGAUUCGGUAUUGGUGCCCUUCCUUCAGGCGGUAGCGCCGCACAACGAGCACCAAGGCCACGAUGAGAAGGAAGCACACGACUCAAGACAAAGGCGCUCGAUUUUGCGUGGUCCAAAGGACUCGACGUCCUCCAGUGACGAUUCGAGCAGGUCACCAAAGGCCCAUUUCCUACCCCUCUUUGGCCUCAGCCGCAGCAACGAGCCGGGAAGCCAAUCAAGUCCGUCGACUGAUGCAGCAGAAUUAGGGCUGUCCGACGACUGCGGAAGCGUAGGAUCACCCCAUAACGAGCCUGUGACACCGCCCACAACUCCGCCGACCCCGGAUUGGAACGCCGCUGGGCCUCUCCAACGGGCGAUCAGCGCUCACAAUAGUGGCUGGAAGAAGGUCGGCCAGAAGCUUGGCAUCAACCGAAAGUCUCGUGGCAAGCGACAAAGCACCAGCGUCACAUCCGGCGUCCCAGACCCCGACGUCGGCCGCAGCGGCACCAGCAGCAGUGGCGGCGGCGGCGGCAAUGAUGGCGCCCACGAGACAGGGGCACAGCCAUCACGAACAGUAGUAAGCACGUGGGAGGAACCUCACCCGGGCGUGCCGAUCCGUAUGGACGGCUAUGUCGCGGGAGGGAACCACAGCGGAGGAGGCAUCAGGGGUGGCAUGGCCGCAAAAGGGUAUGGCCCAUACGCAAGGGGGAAGCCGUCGGUGGUCCGGCGCCGCUCCCGUCACCGGGUCAGGUCCGUGGUCGUGAAGCCAUUGGAGAUCCCGACACGUGUCCAGGAAGAGCCGAAGAUCAGGAGCGCCCCGCUCCCGAACUCGCCGAUGCUCACGCUGGGCGAGACACUCGUCCUGACGCCCCUCGGCUUUGAGAGGUCGGCGGCGCUCGGCGGCGGCUGGGGCAGCGAGGCCGGCAGCGAUGCGACGACGAUGAGGAUGAGCACGGAGGAUUUGGUGAUGGUGGAACGUGACAAGGCGGCGCUGUCGCCGGUGCCCUCGCUCUCCUUCACCGACUUCUCCAACUUCACCGGCGCGGCCGAUGAUCAUGCAGACCGACGGUCCGUCUUUGAUCCGCUGACAGUCUUCGGGUCCGAGGACUACGGCGACGCCUGCGUCCCCGAUGGAGGGGACAUGUACGGCUGGAACGCCGAGUUCGAGCGGACGUUGCAGCAAGGGUACACAGUCGGGCCGUGCGACGUCCGCCGCUCGUCCGGCUUGGGGCGUGGCCUCAUGGAGCGCGUCUUGAGCUUCGGAGGACCGCAUCGGGAAAUACAUUCCACGGAAUGA